AUGAAAGACACCGAAUGGGAAAAACAUCCGUUAUUAUAUGUUGUGGCCUCAACUUUCGUUAUAUCUCCCGAACGGAAUGAGCUAGAUCAGCUAGAUCAUGAUGGUCCAUAUGUCUAUCGUGGAAAACAAUGUCUUCAAAUAUCAUUGCAAAUGACCACAAAGUUCUUGAGACGAAUGAUUUGUUCCGAUUUGCAGUCAUUUAACACUAAAUCUAAUGAUAAGAUUCACGAAUGUCUUCAUUACUAUCCAAUCAUUUCAAACACAUAUAACAUAAUCAAUGAAAUCGACUUAAAAAGAGAGUCUAUUUUGGAUCAAUUGGUGGCAAACAAGACAUACAUUAUGAUGAAUACAUGCCAUCCGUGCACUCGACCCGUGAAUCCAAUUCUUGUGCCAAACUUAAGACAGUUUGAGAUCACAAACAAAGAGACCAUCGAUUGGGAAACGGAUGGCCGGGAAGUGGUGUCUGAGUCGCCGACAGCGAUGCGUCUGGACUUCAAGCGGAACCGCAAUCCUCGCGCUUACACUCACUUAACGGUCAUUCGGAGACACAAAAUGGCGAAACACAAGCGAAGAAAGUGGAGGAAAAAGAUGUUGGCUUUCAUUAAGAAGAAGUAUUUGCGCAGAAAUAUCAAGAAAGAGAAGGUGUUUAGAGCGGAACUGCUCGCACACAUCAAAGAGGCCGAAGACUUCGACGCCGAGAAGUAUGUCCACAAUAUUCUUCACACCAUCGAUAAUAUGCCCAAAGAAGACACUCGAGAGGCGAAGUUAGAGAGAAUCCAAGACUUGAUCCGCAAGAAUAGAAGGGAAACCAAUUUAAUUAAACCUAAAUUUCAGGACUAA